UUGUUAAUUCAGUUCCUGCGAGGGCUGGGGCUUAGGAACCCUAAAACCCCUUUAAUCAUAAAACCUUAAACCCUCUUUUCUCUGUUAGUAGGUGGGAUUCUGCUGUUUCCUUCUUAGCGUAGUUGCCGUGCGUAAAUUGAUUCCGAGCUAGGGUAUUGUAAUCUUUCCUCGAAGAGAUGGCUCGAUUUCGGAAUAAGAAGAGGAAAGCUUUUGUUAAACCGAUUAUCAGGAAACAGCCGAACGUAGACCAUGUAACAGGAGAUAAAAUCCCCAAGAGUUUUGUGUUUUCUCGGGGGAAGUUGCCCGGGGUUCUCCGACAGUUGCAGAUGGAUUUAAGAAAAUUGAUGCUUCCUUUCACUGCUCUAAACCUCAAGGAAAAAAGGCGAAACAAUCUCAAAGACUUCUUGAAUGUUGCGGGACCAAUGGGUGUUACACAUUUCCUCAUUUUAUCAAAAACUGAAACAGCACCAUACUUGAGGGUCGCCAGGACACCCCAGGGUCCAACUCUUACUUUCAAAAUUCAUGAGUAUUCGUUGGCUGCUGAUAUUGCCCAGUCUCAAUUGCGGCCAAGAUGUCCUAAAGAUCUUUUUAAUAACCCACCCUUGAUUGUACUUUCUGGAUUUGGGACUGGAGAGCAACAUCUAAAGCUUACUACAAUUAUGUUCCAGAACAUAUUUCCUGCCAUUGAUAUAAACACCGUCAAGCUUUCAUCAUGCCAAAGGAUUGUGUUGCUUAAUUACAACAAAGACACAAAGCUUAUUGACUUCCGGCACUACUCCAUCAGAUUACAGCCUGUUGGAGUGUCCCGAAGGAUAAGAAAGUUUGUACAGAACCAUCAGGUACCUGAUUUGAGAAAUCUCCAGGAUGUGAGUGAUUUUGUGACAAAGGCUGGUUAUGGAUCGGAAAGUGAAGUGGAUGAUGAAGCAGCAACUGUAAGUCUACCAGUGGAUCUUGGUAGAGUUAAUCGGGCAUCAAAUAAGAGCGCCGUCAAGCUUCAAGAGGUUGGGCCCAGGAUGACACUUCAGCUCAUCAAAGUUGAGGAAGGAUUGUGUUCCGGUGGAGUCAUAUUCAGUGAAUUUGGAAACGUGUCAAGCGGAAACAAGAAAACGAAUGAGGAAGAACAACAGAAAGAUGAGGAAGAGGAUGAACAAGAAGACAAAGAUGAGGAUGAACAAGAAAACAAUGAAGAAGGCGAAGAUGAGGAUGAAAAAGAAGACAAUGAAGAUGACUAGAUUAAUGAUGCAUAUCGACUUUGGUGUAACUUAUGCUGCUCUCAUUUACUGUAAACUCAAUAUUGGAGAGACGGGAACAACUCUCUCCCACUUUUUGGACGGCCAUUUUUCUUUUACUGCAAUUACAUUAUUUUGUACUUUUUACUCUGUUGGAGCCAAUUCUUAUUAACCACAUGUUCGAGCUUUGGGGAAA